CACAUACUGGAGAGAAACCCUAUGAAUGCAAUCACUGUGGUAAAGCCUUUGCCUAUCAUAGUCAUCUUCAAAGGCAUGAAAGAACACAUACUGGAGAGAAACCUUAUGAAUGCAAUCACUGUGGUAAAGCCUUUGCAGAUCAUAAUCACCUUCAAAAGCAUGAAAGAACACAUACUGGAGAGAAACCCUAUGAAUGCAAUCACUGUGGUAAAGCCUUUGCAGAUCAUAGUCAUCUUCAAAGGCAUGAAAGAACACAUACUGGAAAGAAACCCUAUGAAUGCAAUCACUGUGGUAAAGCCUUUGCAGAUCAUAGUCACCUUCAAAGGCAUAAAAGAACACAUACUGCAGAGAAACCAUAUGAAUGCAAUCACUGUGGUAAAGCCUUUGCCUAUCAUAGUCAUCUUCAAAGGCAUGAAAGAACACAUACUGGAGAGAAACCUUAUGAAUGCAAUCACUGUGGUAAAGCCUUUGCAGAUUAUAGUCAUCUUCAAAGGCAUGAAAGAACACAUACUGGAAAGAAACCCUAUGAAUGCAAUCACUGUG